UAUUCAGAAAUAUCGUCCACCUAUUGUCCCUUUGUUUGACAAACCAAACAAGUAGCUUGUGCAGUUGAACCUGUGUUGAGAUUCAAGGUCUCAGGCCAAGUAUGAAGUUCCUAACGGGUUAUUAAGCUAUGCUUUCUGGAAGGAUGCCAGUCUGUCAUCAAGGCUGAGACAUCCAUGUCAUGCUUCUCCUGCUAAUGUCGAUAGCACAGUCUGAUGGAACAGAAAGUCAACACAUCAGAGGAAACCAAGGCCUGGUUAUUUGUGGAGCAAUACUCCUCCUGUAACUCUUCUGCACGUGGUACCACUGUAGAGUUCAGAUAUUUGAGGUCUUUGCUAGAACAAUACAGUCAUGUUAUCAGUAGCUACCACCAAUGGCAGCCAAGGGAACUCCAUGGAAACAGUCAUGGCAACAAUGGAGCGUCAAACAGCUCGCAGGACCCAGACUAAUGUGACACAGAUGAUGGAAUCUAUUUUUGCCAGUGUCAGUCUUGCUAAAGAUCUUUCUGCUAGGUGCAAAAGCAGAGCAUUGCAAGUCACGGAUGAUGAGAUACAAAGCACAGCACAAGACCUGGAGAAUGUCUUGCAGAAUAUAUAUGAUGAUCUUUGCAGGAUACCAGCUUCAGCAUUUGGCAGUAGUGCUUACAUGGAUGUGCCUAUUAAAUCACAGCCAAUGAGGGAUUGCUGUAAGGCUGAUAUACCCAUAAAUGUAAUGGGCAACAGACCUAGGACAAGGUCUCUCCGAGAUAAUGAUACUCCGAGGCUGGUGGACUUUCUCAAGGGAAUGUACCAUGAAUCGCAUGAAUUUAGUGGGCAGAUGUUCAACACUCUCCUAGAGGUUACAGAAUACAUUGAGCCACUGUAUGAUGCGUUCAUCUGUGCACUAACAAAUGAGAUAAUGACUGAUCCUGUGAUGAUUGAGAGUGGUGUGACAUGUGACAGGAGAGCCAUAGAGGAGUAUAUUGAGAGGUUUGCAGACAGUUCUGAACCUGUCUAUUGUCCUGUCACAAAGAUGACAAUGCAAAGUAAGACAAUGGUGAGCAAUGCUUCCCUGAAGUGUGUAAUUGAAGAAUGGACAAUGAGAAAUGAGAUCAUGCGUGUCAGGAUUGCUCGUACUGCCCUUUCCCUGUCAACUACAGACACAAUGGUGCUUGAAGCUAUACAUGAGCUAAAGUUGCUGGCCAAGUUGAGGGUGAAGAACAGGGAGCUGAUGCACAAGAUCGGAGUCACCAAGUUCUUAGCACGGUUGUUGGACAACCACAAUGACCAGAUUCAGUUUGAAGCUCUCAAGCUUUUGUGCUUGUUAGCUCAAGAUGAAGAAGGAAAGGAUAUCAUCGGAAAAACUAAGGCCAUUGCCAGGACAAUAAAAUUACUGUCAAGUAAUUCUACUGAUGAAAGGCAUGCAGCCAUCUCUUUCUUGCUGGAGCUUUCGGAGUCACAGUUACUGUUGGAUAAUAUUGGAUCAACACCUGGAAGCAUUCUGAUCCUCACUACAAUGAAGCUUAACAGUUCAGAUGAUCCAAUUGCUGCUGCAAGAGCUGGAGCAGUCCUUAAGAACCUGGAGAAGUGUCCGAAGAACAUCAAGUACAUGGCUGAAAGUGGCUACUUAGAACCUCUUCAGAGUCAUCUAGUGGAAGGUUACAAAACAGGCUCAGAAGAGAUACAGAUGGAGAUGGUCGGCUAUCUAUGUGAACUAGUCCAAGAGCAGGAGCUCACCAUUGAUAUCAAUAGAAGCACCUCGGAAAUCCUCGUCAAGAUGGUGCGUGGCUGCAACCCCAUGGUCCGCAAGGCAGCGUUGAAUGUCCUUGCCCAGCUUUCUUUGCACCGCCCCAACAACAAGAUGCUUGUCGACACAGGCGCUGUCCCUGUCAUGAUUGAGGAACUGUUCAUCAGAAAGGUCGAUGACGAGCCUGUGAACUCCAUGGCCAAUGCCGCCACUGUCCUUGCUAACAUUGUCGAGUCAGGCAUUGACCCAGACACCACGGUGGUGAACAAGGAAGGCCAUGUCCUCACCUCGAAGUACUCCAUCUACAACUUUGUGCACAUGCUCAAGUGCUUCAUGCCGGACGACCUCAACCUCAGCGUCCUCCGCAUCCUUCUAGCGCUCACCGCGCUCGCCAAGCCACUAGACACUGUGGUCUCGGUCAUCAGGGAGAACUACCGCGGCCAUUCUAUCAUCGAGCUCAUGGGCUCACCAACGGAGGUGCUCAGCCUCGCCGCGACAAGGCUGCUCAUCACCCUGUCUCCACACAUUGGACACACCAUCGUAGAGAGGCUCUGCAAGACACAAGGACAGCCACACAAGCUGGUCAAAAGCAUCAGCCAUGCUGGGCGCAUCACAGAACGGCAAGCUACGUUGGCCACGCUCCUCGCGAAGCUACCUUACCGGAACACCUCCCUCAACAUCGCGCUUGUGAAGGAUGGUGCCGUGCCAGCCAUGCUGAGGGCGAUAAAAGAGGUGGAGAACGGCGCUGGUAGAUCAAGCAGGCAGGCUGUGCCAUACAUGGAGGGUCUCGUUGGCACGCUCGUGCGGCUCACUGCGACUCUGUUCAGCCCAGAAGUGUUGAAGGCGGCCAUGGACCACAAUCUGGCCUCGGUGCUCACUGAGCUACUCGAUGGAGCAGCCGGAAGCGACGAGGUGCAACGCCUUGCUGCAGUGGGGCUCGAGAACCUUAGUUACCUAUCCAUCAAACUGUCCCGGCCACCGCCCGAUGAGCUGCAGUUCAAGAAGAAGAAUACCCUACUGAAGCUCCUGAAGGACUCAAAGGCGCACAGCAACAAGAAGACCUCACUCCACCAGGUUUGCGUUUGCCCGGUGCACCGAGGAGUCUGUUCUCCAGCGGCGACAUUCUGCCUCCUCGAGGCUGGCGCCUUGGAGGGCCUCUUGGGAUGCCUCGAGAACGACAACAUCCGGGUGGUGGAGGCUGCCCUCCGAGCGCUGUGCACUCUCCUCGACGAGAGGGUGGACGUGGAGAAGAGCGUAGCGGCCCUUGCUGAGCUCGACGUUGCUCGGCGCGUGCUUGCUGCGCUGAGGCAGCACCGGCAAAACGUGCUGUGGCAGAAGUGCUUCUGCGUGGUGGAGAAGCUCCUGGACCACGGCGACGACCGAUGCGUGAGGGAGGUGACAGGCGAUCGGAUGCUGCCCACGGCGUUAGUGAGCGCCUUCCACAGAGGGGACGAGAGCACUAAGCAGACGGCCGAGAGCAUCCUCCGGAGACUACACAAGAUGCCUGAUUACUCUGCAACCUAUGUAUCCAUGGAGUUCUAGUCGUUGGAAUCUAAACAGUAUCGAAGUGUGUGCAUACACUACUUUUUUUUACUUGCUUGUUUGAACAAAAUUACAGAACGGAUCAUUUUUGUGCAGCACUAUGAUUUUCACAACCUGAAUGUUUUAACAAGUGAAUGGAUAUUGUGAAACUCCUAUGUUGCUUACAUUAAAAAGAUAAGAGUUCUCAACCCUGUUUGUUGAUUUAA